CUCGGCCUGCCGCCCGUACGGCCCCCUCCCACCUGUAACACUGGCGGCCCUGUUCCCUCCGAGUCUCGGCGGGGAGAGCGGAGCCGGCGGCCCUGAAUCUGCGUCUGGGAACUGCCGGUGCGCGCAUAGAGAGCCAUUGUCCCGCUGUAUCCUCCUGUGGGAGAGUGGGGCUGCUCCUGCUCCCGCAACAGUGCUUGGGGGUGAGGGGAAUGGUCCUGAAUGGGGGUGGCUGGCUUUUGGUCUCCGUCAGGUUGAUGGGAUGCAUGGCUAUGAAUGUAGCAACCGACUUUGUGGUUUGUAUCAGACUUAAGCAAAAGCAAAGGGCUUUUCUGUGCCCUCUGCUUGGCAAGAGAGCUGCUGUGAUCAGCCAGGAUUACCUCAUGCAAACCUGGAGCACGUGGGCAGCAUCAGCCCCCAGUGCUACCGCUGAGCUCUUUUCCUUACAUCCUCCAGCACCUGUGCAGCCUGCAGUGCCUCUCAGCAGGAGAGAGGUCUGAAGGAGGAGGGGGAGGAUUGAGGCAGAGGUGUCAGACUUUUUUUUUUUUUUUUUUUUUUUUUUUUUUUAAAUGAGGAGAAAGCAGAGACACAAAAACCUGCUCCAAGCUGUUUGCACUUCUACCCAGGAUGGGAAUUUUUGGGUCAUGUAAGUUGCAGGAGGGUGAAGCUCAGCCUUGGCUUAUGUCAAGUUGUUGGACUCUGAGGCCUGUCUGCAGUGACUGAAGAUUAGAAAAGUCCCUGAGCCCUUUCCCAGGGCAUAGGAGGACAGUGGGAAGGGAGAGCUUGUUGCUCAUGAAAUGGCAGGGGACUUUUUUGCCUUUACAACCCUAGCUUUGUUAGUACAAGACUCUGAGAUUUGUGAAUACUGCAGACCACAGCUGCGGUCUCUGACACUGAGGGAAGGUACACAGGGCCUAAAUUCCUAUGAAUCACUUGUUUUUUUGCAGGGGGAGCUAGCAUCUUCUCUGGCCCUUUUCAUCACAGAAGCCCAGCGCUUCAUCUGGUGCAUGUUUAUGUACCCAGCUCCAUAGCACCAUCACUGGCCCCUGUGAGGCUUUUUCUGCAGGGGAGACUGGGGCAAGAAUGGAGCAUGGACCAAAGUUACCUCCUCCCCUGCUGCAGAAAGAUGCUUUGACCUUGGACCAGGCUGCUGCGGGAGAGGAGGAUGCCAGCGGCCUUGGGUGCAGAAAUUUUGUGUUCCCCUCGUGCUGGCUGCUCUCCCCAUCAUGGCUACUGGUGAAGAAAUGCUCCCUGCCUUGCAGGACUCCUGGGGGGACUUCUGGCUCUUCCGUUUCUUUAUUAACGCUGCUGGCUAUGCGAGCAUUGUAAUACCAGGAUUCCUUCUCAUUCAGUACUUCAAGAGAAGGAAUUACCUGGAGACAGGCCGAGGCAUUUGCUUUCCUGUCAUCAAAUCAUGUGUGUUCGGCUCUGAGGUGAAGACUGUACAUGCAGAGGAUGGCUCCCUGCCACCCCGAGCAGAGCCUACAGAGUCUUCUACAGCCCGACAGAUCUUGAAGCUGCUCUUCUGUGCUGCUGGUCUACAGGCCUCCUACCUCACAUGGGGUGUUCUCCAGGAGCGCGUGAUGACAAGAACAUACGGUGCUACUGAGACGGACCCUGGUGAGAAGUUCAAGGACUCCCAGUUCCUAGUGUUUAUGAACCGCAUCCUGGCCUUCACUGUGGCUGGUCUGUACUGCGCCUUGACCAAGCAGCCGCGCCAUGGGGCUGCUAUGUACAAGUACUCUUUCGCCUCCCUCUCCAACAUCCUCAGCAGCUGGUGCCAGUACGAGGCUCUCAAAUACAUCAGCUUCCCCACCCAAGUGCUGGCCAAGGCUUCUAAAGUGAUCCCUGUAAUGAUGAUGGGUAAACUGGUGUCACACAAGAGUUACGAGUACUGGGAAUACCUGACAGCUGCCCUCAUCUCCGUGGGGGUCAGCAUGUUCCUGCUCUCCAGUGCUCCCAACAGACACGUGUCCACUGUCACCACUUUCUCUGGUGUAGUCCUCCUGGCUGGCUACAUUGUCUUCGACAGCUUCACAUCCAACUGGCAGGAUGCCCUCUUCACCUACAAGAUGUCUCCUGUGCAGAUGAUGUUCGGUGUCAAUGUCUUCUCCUGCCUUUUCACAGUGGGCUCGCUCUUGGAGCAGGGUGCUUUGCUAGAAUCAGUGCACUUCAUGGCUCGUCACUCGGAGUUCACGGCCCACGCGGUGCUGCUGUCAGUGUGCUCUGCCUGCGGCCAGCUCUUCAUCUUCUACACCAUCAACCAGUUUGGGGCAGCCGUCUUCACUAUCAUCAUGACUCUCCGCCAGGCCUUCGCCAUUCUCCUCUCCUGCCUCAUUUACGGGCACACUGUCACUGUUGUGGGUGGGCUGGGCAUAGCUGUCGUCUUUAUGGCACUCUUCCUCCGUGUCUAUGCCCGCAGCCGCAUGAAGAAGCGCAGCAAGAAACUACCACCAGGGGAGACCGCUGUCCAAAAGGUCUAAGGAGCUGAGGCCAGGGUCUCUGAGCUGUGCCUGCUGUCCUGCCUCUGCUGGGGGGCGCUUGCUUGAUCUAUCAGAACCCACUGAGAAGCCAGGUGGAGUAUCGUUAGGCUGGACAAGUGACUCACUUUUCCACCUGCUUUUCCUGGGGAAGGGGCUGCAACAAGCCCAGGGAAUGCUCUGGGCUGCCACAGCUCCAAACCUUACUAUUUGCCUUAAUAGGUGAGAGACUUCCAGCCAAGACACGGACCUAGGGGCUUGCAGCUGCAGGGGCAAACCAGCAUGGGGCUGCUGGUGCUCCUGCCCCACCUGUGUCAUGGUUUCUCUCUAAGGUCAUUGACUGAACAAGAGAGAUCUUUUCCACGGCAACAUCUUCCCUCCAGCUUAUGCGCCUCCAUGUCUGUCACUACUACAGAGCUCAGCAGGAGGAGGGGGCAGGAAAAACACUAGCUCUGUCUUUGAAAUGUCUCUAUAUGAGGCAAAAUCCUGAGCUGAGCCUGGGGUAAGUAGGACAGAAACUCCCGCUCAGUCACUCCAGCCUCAGGCUUUCUUCCCAGGAGGUGCUCCAGGUAGGAGAGGCACAGCUCAGAGAGGACCUGUCCUACCGCAGGCCUGGGAUCUGCUCUGGGAGGGCAGGCUGGAAUCCCAGUUUGGUUUAUCAGUCCCUUACCCCAGCUCUAAGCCAAUUUUCUUUGCUCCUCCUAGCCCAGGCUGAUUUUUAUGCGGAGACAGAGGCUGGCUGAUGCAUUUCCCAAGGCUUGCUGAGUUAUUCUAGGUUGCUUUUCAUUUACAUCCGCUGCUGUUACAGGCCAAAGGCUACAGUGCCCAGAAUCCCCAGCAUCUCCUCAGGGUGCCACGGUUUCUGGACUCUGUAGUUGCCAUUCAGAGAAGCACAAACACCCGCUUUUUUUUCCCUGCCAACUGGAAGUAUCAGCCCCACCUUUCUUGGGGCCUUAUCAGAGCCCCACAGUGCCUGGAGGUCUGCAGGAAGGGACAGAGCCCUCUGUCAUGGCUCAUCCCCUCUCCACAGGCAGCAGAGGAUGGAGGAGCAGGUGCCUGCCCCCAGGCAACAGGGGAUGUGGUAGUGGAGGCUGCUCCCACUGCUCUUCCCCAAAGCCUGGGUUGUACCCAUUAACCCUUUUCUCCCCAUUACAGCCUGACUGACAAGUCAGUAAUUUUGGUACUUUUGAAAAGCAACUUUUUUCUUUUUAUUUUAUUAAAUUAAAAAUAUGCUGCAUAUAGUA